AUGAGGCUAUUUCGGACAGGAAAAUCGCUGAACCCAAAGGCGUGCCACUCGCUGACCAGGACGAAAUCGACGCAGGAGAGCUGGCUGAGAGAGGGCAACGACGCCAACCAGGACAGCGAAAUCCGCGCCUCGUCCCCGCUAAUAAUGCUGACCCUGCCGAAGUCGUUGUACCAGCUGAAGAUGCUCGACGUCAUCAGGAGAAGCCUGCUGCAGCACCACCUCGACCCGGCCCUCCCCACCAUCUACAGCCACGGGCCCGUCGAGUUUCUCACCUUCUUCAACGCUACGAACUACGCGUGGCUGAUGUGUGCCCUCGACGACUCGCUCGCCAGCACCGCCGCCAAGAAAAUGCUGUCCCGCCUCUUCCACAAGCUGUUCCACGUCGACCCGGUCGACAACUUCACCAAGCACAAAUGGCCGAUAAAUACGAGAGAUUUCUCCCCUCCGAUCCACGACCCAAUAAAAGUGCCGGCAAAGCUCAAAAAUAAACUCGUCCGCCCCGACGGGUACUACGGUGUCGCCAUUCGGCCCCGGCUUUCGAUCAAUAUUGGAGGGAAAGCCGUCUUGGUGCAGAGAAAAAAUGACAGUUUCGACGCCUGGGACCUGGUGCGUUUCGCGUAUUUCCUGAGUUCAAUUGCCGGCUGCUCGGGGAAGAAGACGACCGAUACCGUACUCAAGAGACCCAGCUUCGCGCGGCUUGGCCCCGUGCUCAGCGGACUCGGCUAUGCCAAUGGGCCGCUCAACAAACUCCCCGCCGACCUCCUCGAGGCCGCUUUCGUCGAAAUCUGCGCCCAAAUCGACGUGCCGCCCGAUUGGCAGCGUGCCAAUGCCUCGAUUCUGGCCGCC